GAACACCAAUUAAGCAAGCUAAUAACAAGACAAUUAGUGAGAUAUGGGUAACGGCUACUCUAAUACUACUUCUCAAUUCCGGCUGGUCCCAUUCAACAGGACAGCAGCAGCCCCAAAGCAGCCUUUAGUGAAUUCUGCCUUUCAUUCUCCCACACCAAACAAGCCUUUAGCCAUUUCUGACUUUCAUUCUCCCACACCAAACAAGCCCUUAGCCAUUUCUGACUUUCAUUCUCCCACACCAAACAAGCCUUUAGUCACUGCCUUCCAUUCUUCUUCGCUAUGGAAAAACCACUUCAAUGAAUCAAAGAAAUCCAACAAACUGAUGGUUAUUUACUUCACAGCGACAUGGUGUGGACCUUGCAAGAGCAUGGAACCAGCCAUCAAUGAAAUGGCUGAGCAAUAUAGGGAUGUGGAGUUUGUCAAGAUAGACGUUGAUGAACUAUCUGAUGUGGCAGAAGAAUAUAAGGUGCAGGUAAUGCCUACAUUUAUACUGGUGAAGGGUGAGAAAGUGUUGGAGAGGAUUAAGGGAGCACAAAAAGAAGUUCUUCGAGCCACUAUUCUUAAACACAAGAACUAAUUAUGAUGUCUCAUCUCAUACCUUAACAUCCUUAAAACGUAUGAUCGAAAUACAAUAAAUAACGUCAAAACACAUACGGAUACUACGUAUUAAUAAAUCAUAUUGUCCACCAGACGGCAGUAUUAUUGUAAUCAUCACAAAAAUAAUGAUACUCUAAUUGUCAUGAUGAGACGAUGAGCAGAGAGGCUGUAGUGCAUGUAUGAAUAAAUUAGGGAGUAUUAAUUAUACUUCUCUACUGAUGAAUGUCUAUUGCUAUGUUUUCAUUACGUAGUAGUGCAUGAGAUCAGA